GCUGCAGAACGGGGUGAAGGAUUUCCGUUGGAAAGCAAGAGCUCAGGCACUUCCUCCAGCAGCGUCACUGCGAUGCGGGAGGGCUCGCGAGGCAGACACUUUUGAACGGGACACGCUGGGCAGACCCCAGCAAUGCCCCUUCCCUGGGCUUGACGAUGGCCGUGGAGCUGAGAGUCCUCCUCCUGCUGCCGCUCUGGGUCCCAGGUCUCCAUGCCCAAACAACCGAUGCUGUGGAGAGAUUAUCAGAAGGAAGCACUCUCUAUAUCCACUGUCCUUACACAGCAGACACACGCUACUGGCAACCAAAAGCAUGGUGCCACCUGAGAGGUGUCAAAUGUGAGCCCUUAGUGGAGACGACCGUAUCAAGCCAAUACCCAUCUGUGACCCGGGCCACAAAUGGGAAGGUUACAAUAGAGGACUAUCCCCUGAAUCACACCGUGUCCAUCACCAUGGUCAACCUCCAGGCAGAGGACUCAGGCAUAUACUCCUGUGCCUACCGUAACAGCAGUAACAUAUAUUAUCAACUAAAGACGAUCUCUUUGAUUGUUUUGAAGGAGUUGCACCGGUACGAGUUGGACAGUCUCUCUGUGCAGUGCCCGUACAGCACCCACGGCUACGGCACAGAUACAAAAACCUGGUGUCGAACACAAGGUCGCACUGAGUGUAACGUCGUGGCGAGGACAGGUUACCCUUCAGCACGUCGGAACAAUAAAGACCUGGAAGGCAGAACAUUGAUCUGGGAUGACACCAGGCAGAGGACUGUCACCAUCACCAUGCAGAAGCUGCAGGCCCACGACACCGGCCUGUACUGGUGUGCACUCUCCAGAGGCGGUCCCCUCACCCCUAUAAUGGGGGUCAAGCUCUCGGUGUCCAAGAGGCUCCAACAAUACACAGCCAAGGAGUCAGGCAAUGUCUCUGUCCAGUGCCAGUACAGCGCCCAGCACUAUGGGGCUCUGAACAAAGCCUGGUGCAAAGAGGGAGCUCAGCCAGCAUGUACUGCCAUGGUCAACACGAUUUCUAAGCCUUCAGGGUACCUCAGGGCACCCCAGCAAGGCAGAGUCACGAUCCAGGACGACAGCCAGCGGGGGAUUGUCACCAUCACCAUGGAGGACGUGCAGGCACCGGACUCCGGCGUGUACUGGUGUGCGCUUUAUGAACAGCUGCACCUUUUCCGAAUGGUGGAGGUUACGCUCAGUAUUUCUAACGCAACUCAUGCCUUGCCUUCCAAAGACUAUUGA